AUGGAUGAGAGUACAACAAAACUACUUCAUUAUGGACACUUGGGAAAGCCUGUGUACCAUCGGGAGACACAGUCUUGGGAGUUCUCGCGCACCCUAGCUCCUCCACCGCAAAUAUCAUGCACCGGGGUGACCAAGACUACUGUACAGUCGCCCUCUACAUCCGUUGAACAGUCAUUGAUAUCGAAGCGAUCAAUAAUAACUCGGGGUUAUCCUGAGCUUAUUGCAGGUUACCGCCUUGCCCACAGUGAAACACUCUCCCAUACCAUAACAGCAACGAGCAAAGCAUGUGACCCCCUGGUGUCCACGCUGCUCGACCUCGGACGAGCGGUGGACUUCGAUAUUGAUACCUCCGGACGACGGGCGGUUCCAAUUGUGGCAUUUGCAUCUGGAGAAUGCGGCAACAUCGUUUCUUUGCGGACUAUAACCGAGGAGACGGUGGAGCUGGAACAACCUACGGUCUCUCGGUUACGUGUUCCAACGAUUGACGAUGAAAAUCAUAUUGAAUGGCUAGCAGACGUAGCUCCUAUCCGGCAAAUUUGCUUCUCUUAUGCCCUGGACGGCAGAGCUACGUUCAUGGCGGUUCGCUUCUCAUCUACGGUCGUUUUCAGGCCACUUUAUCAUAGGACUCCCACAUUAGUCCCUGUCCAUCGGGAUGCAAGUGGCAUGGCCCAUGGUCAUCAAGUUUCACGCCUUGACCCGAACUUCUUGAUGGAGAUAACUAUGCCGCAUACCGGAGGCGCUGCCCACGCAGACGUGAGGUUCAAUCCCUGGAACCAAAACCAACUUGCUAUCGUUGAUGAGGAUGGAAACUGGAGCAUUUGGGAAUUACGCAAUCAGCACAAGCGCAACAGGGACAAUUGGGUCGCCUCAUGUGUGUUGACGGGUACGAUUCCGUGGGUUAAUCCAUUGGCGAGUGCCGAGGAGCAUAAGUUGUCAGAUAAACAGAGCCGACAUGACGGGUGGCUAGCUGUCGAAUGGGCAGAUAAUGGCAAUCAUAUCGUUGUCUGCGAUCGAAGAUGCUCCAUACUUUACCGUGUGAAGGGAGAUGAGGCAAUUCCCUAUGCCAUGGAAAUAGGCUACACCAGACAGUCGGAAUGGAUUCUAGGCGUCCAGAGGAGCACCUGCGAACCUUCGCAUAUUUUUCUUCUCACAACUUCCCGAAUUGUCUGGUUUGAGAUAACUCCAAACUGGAUUCCGGCCGAUAAGGAUGCAGGGCCCUCGCUAGUCCCCCUUCUUUCCUGGCGUCAUUUUCGUGAUUCAGAUGACACAACGCUGCAGUUAGCUCCGCUAACCGUGAAUAUGGAGUUCUACCUCGCUAUCUUUUCUCGCCUUAACGGCCUCGUGCUGGCAUUCUAUUGCUCGAAUCCUCCUGGGGCUGUGUGUGGUUCAACAUUUGCUUUUGAUCCUUUUGUUUUGCAUGUUCCACUCACAUCCAAUCAUGCUGAAGAUUCUGAGGCUCAUCCUAUGGACAUGCCGCUUUCGACGCUUGUCUUUAGAGAGAUAGUGCCUGGGCCUAUUGACGACCGGGACUUGGACCGCAGCUUGAGGUUUAUCAAGGCCUUCGCAGUAGAUUCAGGCCUUCGUGUUCUUGAAUCAUUAUACUCAAAAACUUCGACUGGUGGUCGCGGUGGCGAGUACUUGUACGGGAAAGACGUUCUGCGUGGCAAGGAUUUACGGCUCAGUGGGCUGCAAAAAAAAGGAGCCAAUUCGAGGAGUGGUUUUAUCGUUGAUGACUGGGACGAAUCCGUGCAUGUUGUUGGCUCAAUCUCGGACCGCGGAAUUGGCAGUAUAGUCCCGUGGACUGAGCCGCACUUUGCACUUGAUUAUACACAUAUAUAUGCUAUAGCGACCGGAUCAUUCAAAGAGGUUGGCGAAGGGACAACGGUGUGCAGUUUUCAGGAGUCAAUCCAGGAAGUGGUGGACGACCUCGCUGGUCGUGUGCCUUCAGAAAGACCUAGGCACACAGUGCUUGAAAUCUUACGGAAGCCACCUGUGUUGGACGACAUCGACCAAAACGCGCAAUAUCUAGCUGCCUUUGUCUCACAAUUUGCCUUGCACAAGCCAGCGCUCGAAAAUUGGGGUGAUCUUCUUGUACAGCCCUACGGUUUGUUCAGUGCGCAUUUAACCCAGCAAGCAGAUCUACUCGGGACGUCGAGGUUGGACCUGGUUGCUAUAUAUGAUCGAUUGGUUAAUGAGUGGCUCAUUGACUUGCCUUCUGACAUGCCUGGACGUGCUAGGAUCUCAAAAGAAAAAGCAAUCCGACGCUUUGUCGUCGACCUGGUGCUCUCGCAAAUCAUUAAUCUACACAUACCAAAAACUGCUGAAACGAUGACAAAUCACGGUGUCACUUUGUCUACCUAUUCCAACAGCGACCUGGUCAGCUCAUCAACACUCGCUAGUGAGCAAUCCUCUCAUAAAUAUUUGUCAAGUUCCACCAAACAAGGUGUCCUGUCUCAUGCACAUACCGCAACCACGCAAAGCAGCUCUGCAGCGGGAGACUCGACAUGGCCCAAGUGCCAGGGCGGUCAAUCACCUCCCUUUGCGGUAUUAUCAUCCUACUCGGCGCUUUACAAAACAGAGCCGAUGUCUCAGGAUGCAGAACGCAUUCUCGGCCACUGGAAAGCGGGACUUGAUCCAGCCUCUUAUUCUCCAGUACUGGAGAAGUCCAGGUCGGCAGACAGUAAUCAGGCCUCGCAACAUAGAUUGCGGAAGAAGAAUGUGUCACAGAGUUCCAAAAGUAUGAGCCUUGAUUCACCUAAGCCACCCACCGUGUCUUCCAUACCACCUCCUGUCUCUUCGUCCGCCCUUGCUCUUAGGGGAACCUGGGGCAGUCAGCCGGAUAACGGCCAUGCCCAUAUGGCACAUUAUCAGAGCAGCCAAGUCGUAAGUGAUGUCCCGAUGACUCAAAUCGAGCGGGGGACGUUUGGAGGUCGUGAGGCGGGCCGGAAAGGCGGCAACAAGGCAAAGAAGAAGAAAAGGGCAGCCGGGUUCUAA